GACAUUUUGUUUUUGACUGUAAUGAGAUUUGUUUAGCUUAAUUUUUUAAUUUAAAAAAAAAAAAAAAUGUAUCGUGCAACGCUGCGUUUAGGGGAUAAAAUCGAUAGAAGAAUCAAGAACGUGAGAAGCGGCUGAUAUUUGGCUAUGUUAUUAUACUGCUACUUCUUAUUUCUCUCUUUCUCGUUAUCAUCUUCUUCUUAUUCUUCUUCCUCCAACGAACCUCUCGUUAGGGUUUUCUCUCGUUAGGGUUUUCACUUCUCACUCUCUUAUCACUUUUCAUCACCAUCCUUACAAUUCGCUAGAUCACAAUCUUCCGUUCCUAAGGUGAUUUUUGUUUUUGAAUUGUGAAUUGUGUUGUUCUAUAUGGUUGAUGGUUAAUGCUAAUGGUUGGAAUGUCGAAUAAUUUUGUUUCCGAGUCAGUAACCAGCCGGCAGAUGGCUCAAUUGGAACCUAUUAUGAACAAGGUUGAUUCGUCGGGACUUGUGCGUCCUGUAUCAAGUGAUUCUGUGCAGGGGACCUCGAACGGUGAACCAACGCCUCAAGGGUUACCGCUUUCUAAUCGGCAGAUUACAAUGUUGAAUAAUUUAGGGUCAAAUCAUCUGUCAGCAGCUCCUAAGCGGAAGGCAACGAUUGAACUGCCUUCGGGGAGCUUCAUAACACCUAGCAAGCGGGAGAAACCAAUGACAAAUAGACCUUGGAUGCAGCAAGGAUCAAACAAAGGUUCCCAACAGAUCCAGUCUCCAUCAAAUGCUUCUAGGAUGCAGCAUUCAGCAUCAUUUAGUAAGAGAAAAACACAAACGGAUUCCGCCUCCAGCAAAUCUGGGACGCCUCGGUCCUCAAAUUCUAAAAAUCAGAUUGCACAGAUGAAAGAAUCCUCCAAGGUUCAAUCUGAAUCAUCUAAGAUUGUUAGGUCCAAGAUGAGAGAAUCAUUAGCUUCUGCUCUGGCGUUGGUAUCCCAGCAAGAUAAACCUUUAGUCUCAAACAAUGACAAACCAAAUGAUACUGCCAAUAGCUCUCAAUGUGCUGGAUCAGCAUCUGUGUCCGCUGACACUGCUGUGGAGCAACGGCAGGAAAUUUGUCAAUCUGUUAAUUCCUCUUUAGCUGCGGCUGAUUCCAUUGACCAUGUGAUAGGAGAGCACAUGAAUAGUACAUCUAUUGAAGAUUUUUCUGAAAAACCUAAGGACUUUGGAGCGGGAUUCACAAACGUGGCAAACAAUGAAGAUAUGCUGAUUUCUGAUAAGCAAGAUUUCCAGUCUAACUACACUUUGACUACUGAUGAUGUUCCUUUCAGCGACACUUUCUUUGUGAAAGAUGAACUUUUGCAGGGAAAUGGUCUUUCCUGGGUAUUUCCUGAUAUCGACCAUAUGAUGGACAUGGAUGAUCAAAGGGAAAGUCAAAAUAUGUUAGAGAAGAAAUUGGAACCUGAGGAAACCGGUGGAGUUUGUAGUGAGGUGGUCCCUUUACCUGAACUUUUAGCAUCAAGGAUAGAAGAAGAGCUCUUCAAACUGUUUGGAGGCGUGAAUAAGAAAUACAAAGAGAAGGGAAGGUCUCUUUUGUUCAACUUGAAAGAUCGCAAUAAUCCUGAACUUAGAGAAAGGGUUAUGUUUGGUAAAAUUCCUCCAGAACAAUUAUGUUCCAUGACUGCCGAGGAACUUGCUUCGAAGGAGCUUUCUGAGUGGCGGAUAGCCAAGGCUGAGGAGUUUGAUAAAAUGGUGGUUUUACCCGAUUCGGAUGUUGAUAUCAGACGUUUAGUCAGGAAAACACAUAAAGGUGAAUUUCAAGUGGAAGUUGAACAUGAAGACAAUGUUCCAGUGGAAGAGGUGUCCGGUGGCAAAAAUUCUGUUGUUCGAAGCCGACCAGUUGAAAAGGGCGUGGGUGCCACUUCUCCUUCUAAACCUGGUGUAAUCAAAAGCGAUGUGAACACUGGCAAUGAAAAGAGAAACUUACAGACGGAUAAUCAAUUUUCCAUCACCAUUUCUUCCAAUGAUGGGACUGAUCCAAUGCAAGGGCUUAUGACUGAUGAUGCAUUGAAGGUCCCUGACUUUCUUCCAGAAACUUUUGAUGAAUUCAUGGAAGCCCUUGAUUCUGAGCCACCAUUUGAAAAUUUACCUCUAGAGUCUGGAAAAGUACCUAGCUCAGACAAGGAUGUUUCCGGGGUUGGAUCAAAAUCAAAAUCUUCUGAUUUAACUUUAAGUGAGCAAGAUGAUGUCAGUGCUAAUAAGUCUGAUAAGCUUCAAAGCACAGAUGUGGAGGAAGAAAAAAAAGUUAACACGGAAGCAGGGUCCGUUUCGUCUGAUGCAAAAUACAGUGAAAGUCGACGCGACACAAAGCCGACUGACGGACAUACCAAGGAAAUAUCAACUGAUGGCAAGAAGCCAACUUCCAAUUUGUUGAAAACUACACCCAUUAAGGGUGAAUGCCUCUGGGAGGGAAUGCUUCAGCCAAACAUCUCAACCACUGAUUCAGUCAUUAGCAUCUUCAAAAGUGGUGAGAAAACUUCUACCAAAGACUGGCCUGGAUUUCUCGAGAUCAAGGGAAGGGUUCGACUGGAUGCAUUUGAAAAAUUUCUGCUAGAGCUUCCACAGUCAAGAACUCGUGCCAUAAUGGUUUCACAUUUUAUUUCCAAAGGCUCCACCCCUGAGGAGCAAGCAACUCUCCGUGAGGUGGCUGACUCAUAUAUUUUGGACGAAAGAGUGGGAUUUGGGGAACCUGUGCAUGGAGUUGAACUUUACUUUUGCCCACCACAUAAGAAAACAGUUGAAAUGCUCAGCAAGAUACUUCCAAAGGAACAAAUUGAGGCAGUUAAUACUAUUGAUAAUGGUCUAAUUGGUGUUAUUGUAUGGAGAAAAACUAAUAUAACUACAUCUAUAUCUCCCACCACGCAAUCACACAACAAACAUAGCUCUAAAAGGCAAAACUUUAGUAGAAGACACCAAGAUACUAAUGUGAAUGUCAAUUCUACCCAUAAUGCAGUACCCUCUUCGGGGUUUAAGACAACCGUGAGUGAACCUCCGGGUGGUGAUGAUGACGAUGACGAAGUUCCUCCUGGAUUCGGGCCACCGGUUGCCCGGGUCGAGGAUGACCUCCCGGAGUAUAAUUUUUCCGGUAGUUCAAAUCCAUCAUCACACUUGGUUCAAAAACCUAUGAGACCAGUUAUGGUCCCAUCUCACUCGGUUGGCCAAACCCCUUCACGUCCUGCACAACAAAUGAGAGAACUUGUACACAAAUAUGGGCAAAACAAAACAACUGUAUCUUCAGUAAACUGGCAGGACAAAUUUGGUGGGUCAAUUCAGCCCUGGAAUGAUGACGAUGAUGAUAUACCUGAAUGGCAACCUCAAAUCAACAACCAGAAUCAGUUUCCUACCCAACAAACUAUGCAUAAUUUUCAUCUUAGACCUCACACUGUGAAUCAAUCAUUUGCGGGUUUACCCCAGCAACAAAUUAUGCCGACACAAUAUCUGCAACCCACUAUGAAUGUAACACAUGUACAACGAAACUUUGGCCCUCAGUGGGUUCCUCCAAUCCAGGGUAACAAUAUACAACCAAAUGGUGCACAACCCUAUGGAACACCUACACAAGGAACACCAUGGUCUAGAAGUAGAGGACUUUAGUUUCUUUCAUUUCAGUUCCCUUUUAUUUUACUCAAUUUUUUUAAUCUCUUUUUUUAGUUGUAGACAUGUAAACUUAUUGUAGUGUCAGGCUGUUUUUUUUAAUCUUUUUGUAACAUCAAUACCUCGUUGAGAUAGUAGAACGGGCAAAUGGCUUUUCUUUUCAUAUCCUGCUUUAUCUUUGCGAUGAAUAAAUUAUGGACGAUAGAAUAUUCCGUGA